CGGCGCACGAGGAGGAGGAUCGACCCGGCACUCCGAGGCGACUAUGACAGACAAAAAAUGAGGUGUCUAAUCCUGACCCUCGGCCUCCUGGUUUCGGUGCGAGGACCUACCCGCUGCACGGCCGAUCACAGGACACACGAGAGCCGUGCAUCGGAGCCGCUCGAUCGAGGGCCGUACUUUGAUGUCUCGGCCUCUCGCAACGUGACAGCCCUCGUCGGGAAAACGACGACACUGCACUGCCGAGUACGGAAUUUAGGCGACCGAACGGUGUCGUGGGUGAGACACAGGGAUAUCCAUCUUCUCACCGUGGGCGUGGAGACGUACACGUCCGACCAGAGAUUCGUCGCGUCGCAUUUUCCUCACACGGAGGACUGGACGCUACAAGUGAAAUACCCUCAACGACGAGAUUCCGGCACAUACGAGUGUCAAGUGUCCACGACGCCGCCCAUAGGUCAUUCCAUGCACCUCUCCGUCGUCGAGCCCGUGACGAUGAUCGUCGGGGAACCGGAAAUGUACAUAAACAAGGAUAGCACCAUGAACUUGACCUGCGUCGUGCGGCAUAGUCCCGAGCCACCCUUGACCAUUUAUUGGACACACGACCGAGAGGUGAUCAAUUAUGACAGCGCGAGAGGCGGGGUAUCGGUUAUCACGGAGAAGGGCGAGAUAACGACGUCAUACCUUUUAAUUCAACGUGCUCAACCGGCGGACAGCGGACAAUACACCUGCCAUCCCAGUAACGCUAACACAAAGACAGUCUUAGUUCAUGUACUUAAUGGGGAACAUCCAGCCGCGAUGCAGCACGGCGGCCAGCUCAGAUUAGCCAAUUUACCUUUUGUAAUGAUCUCGACGACGCUUUUGACCUUCCUGAAUCACCCGUAUUAGACGUAGCGCCGGACCAUUGUGAAACGUUAGCCGGGUACGUUUCUUGCGACCGAUUUCUUUCGCACCUGACCGUUUGAGUUUCCUCGAGAGG